GUUUCCUUUGAUUUUCUAUGCAACCUCACAACCAUUCGGGAUCUCCGUUGGCUAUCUUACAAAGUCAACCCCAGGUCCUAUAUAUACCCUCUCUCUUACCUCCCCCAAAACAACACCAUCCAAAAAUCACCCAAACUCACAGAGACGCAUCUCUCUCUUUAACACAAAUCACUGAACACACUCGUUUUGUUUCUCUAACACAAAUCAUUUACAUUCUCUCUCAAAAAUGGGUGAUAUUCAAGGCGCACCGGGAAGCUCGAUGCACGGAGUGACUGGCAAAGAGCAGACAUUCGCCUUCUCUGUGGCCUCCCCAAUUGUCCCGACCGACACCACGGCCAAGUUCGCGCUCCCCGUGGACUCUGAGCACAAGGCCAAGGUUUUCAAGCUCUUCUCCUUGGCCAACCCCCACAUGAGGACCUUCCACCUCUCCUGGAUCUCCUUCUUCACCUGCUUCGUCUCCACCUUUGCCGCCGCCCCCCUCGUCCCCAUCAUCCGUGACAACCUCAACCUCACUAAAUCCGACAUCGGCAACGCCGGCGUUGCCUCCGUCUCCGGCAGCAUCCUGUCCAGGCUAGCCAUGGGCGCCAUCUGCGACCUCCUUGGGCCCCGCUACGGCUGCGCCUUCCUCAUCAUGCUCUGCGCCCCCACCGUCUUCUGCAUGUCCUUCGUCUCUAAUGCCGGUGGCUACAUUGCCGUCCGCUUCAUGAUCGGCUUCUCCCUUGCCACCUUCGUCUCGUGCCAGUACUGGAUGAGCACCAUGUUCAACAGCAAGAUCAUCGGCCUUGUCAACGGCACUGCUGCCGGCUGGGGCAACAUGGGUGGCGGCGCAACUCAGCUGAUCAUGCCCUUGGUCUAUGAGCUGAUCCGGAGAACUGGCGCGACGCCCUUCAGCGCCUGGAGGAUCGCCUUCUUCAUCCCUGGUUGGCUUCAUGUGAUCAUGGGGAUCUUGGUCCUCACUCUUGGCCAAGACCUGCCUGAUGGGAAUUUGAGCACACUCCAAAAGAAGGGUGAUGUUGCCAAGGAUAAGUUCUCCAAGGUUUUGUGGUAUGCUGUUACAAACUACAGGACAUGGAUCUUUGUUCUGCUCUAUGGCUACUCUAUGGGUGUCGAGCUAUCAACCGACAAUGUCAUCGCCGAGUAUUUCUAUGACCGGUUCAAUCUUAAUCUCCACACUGCCGGAUUAAUCGCCGCUACAUUCGGGAUGGCAAACAUAGUGGCUCGUCCGUUCGGCGGAUUCGCUUCGGACUAUUCAGCCAGAUACUUUGGCAUGAGAGGCAGAUUGUGGGUUGUCUGGAUCCUCCAAACCCUAGGAGGAGUCUUCUGCAUCUGGCUUGGCCGCGCUAACUCGCUCCCGAUCGCCGUCCUUUCCAUGAUCCUUUUCUCGGUUGGAGCUCAAGCGGCGUGCGGAGCGACAUUCGGGAUCAUACCCUUCAUUUCCCGCCGGUCCCUGGGAGUCAUAUCUGGUCUCACCGGCGCAGGAGGGAACUUUGGCUCUGGACUGACUCAACUGAUCUUCUUCACUAGCUCGAGCUUCUCCACAGCUACUGGCCUCUCCCUCAUGGGGGUCAUGAUAGUGUGCUGCACGCUGCCCGUGACCCUGGUGCACUUCCCACAGUGGGGGAGCAUGUUCUUCCCGCCAUCGAACGACAUAGUGAAGUCCACGGAGGAGUUCUACUAUGGGUCUGAGUGGAACGAGGAGGAGAAGAGCAAGGGCUUGCACCAAGGGAGCCUCAAGUUUGCCGAGAACAGCCGCUCCGAGCGCGGGAAGAAGGUCGCCUCCGCACCAACUCCAAUCGGGUCGACCCCGUUGCAUGUCUAGGAACUUUCGCCGAGGAAAAACUCCAAGAGAGUCAUGGUGAGAAGGGAAGGAUUAUAAUCACCAGGUUCUCAAUAAGAAGAAGAGCUUUGUUUGUGUUUUGUCUUCAUCUUUUUAAUCACAAGUUUGUUGUAAUUUUUAAGCUCUUGUUAUCCCUGAGAGAGUGCUAUUUGACUGCCAAUGGAGGAUUGGAGAGGGAUGUGGCUACGUAUUGGUCCAAACACAACACACAUAGUCAGAUCAGGUCAUGUACUGUGUCAUCAUCAAUUCACUUAUCAUAAAAGUAUUGCGCUAUUACAUUCUGACCAUCCAAGGUCGAAUUUAGCUUCUACUUGCC